AUGAGCUCCACCACCACCGUCAUCUGUUUCCUCGCUCUGCUCUGCUGCUUCGCAGUCAUGACCGAAGCCCAGUAUUACGGAUACGGAUACGGCGGAUACCCAUCGUACUAUGGCGGCUAUGGAUCUUACGGAUACCCGUCAUACUAUGGAGGCUAUGGUGGAUACGGCUACGGCGGAUAUGGUUAUUAUGGAAAGCGCGAAGCUGGGUUCGCUCCGUCCGACAACAAGCAG